AUGACUGAUUCCUGGGACUCUGCUUUUGGGGAGAACGAUCCAGAGGCUGUGGUAGUAUCAUAUUUCUCCUUGCCUGCAGAAGAUGGAAUUGAGGCUUCUGUUCCUAGAGACAUAUACCACGUAUAUGACUCAGACGACGCUGAUACUUCUGACGACGAAUACCACGAAGCAAGGUCAAACCUACGAGCCUAUGGGGAGAUGAGGAAAAGGAAGGUUAAGGCGCAGAUUGAUGGCCAUGGGGAGGAGGACGAGCAGCUGGACGAUUUUGAAGAAGAGGAAUCUGAUGAUGAAGAUGAUGCUUUGGCUGAUGAACACGAAGAGAAAGAUCAUGCUGCCUCUCAUGCUAAUGAACGCAAAGAGCAAGAGACUGCUGAUCGGAGGCUAAAUGUUGCCACAAGCGGAGUUGGAGUCUACGUGUCAGAACAUACUGGGAACCAAUACGUUAGACUUAAUGGUGCGAGAGGACGAGCUUUUGGAACCACGCAACCCACUGAGGUCCAGAUGAAUGGAAGUCAACCCCCACCCUCGCAGCCUUAG